AUGUUUGGACUUGGUAAAAAUGGUGGGAAAAGGCAUUUCCUUUCUCUGUAUUGCAUCAAACUGGAACUCUUUUGUUCCUCCACAGCUACACCCAAUUUAAUGCCGGGAUUUCUGGUGAAGUCACUUGGCUUCUCCACAGAGAAAGCCAUUUCUGCUAGCUCCAAAGUAACUUGCUUGAAAUCCGGAAACAACAAGCCUAAUUUAGUUCUCAAUUUCUUCAAACAAAUCGGUUUAGACAACAACCAGAUAAAAAUCUUGGUCUCUGCGUCACCCAGAUUGUUGUUUGCUGAUAUCGGAAAAACCCUUGAACCCAAAGUUAAGUUUCUUCAAGAAAUUGGCUUAUCUGGGUCGGAUUUAGUUAGGGUUAUUUCAAAAAGUGGGCCUUUUCUUAGAACAGGUCUUGAUACUGGCAUUCGACCUAGUCUUGAAUAUCUUAGGAAGUUAUUGGGUAAUGAUGAGAAUGUAGCUAAAGCUCUUAAGAGAUCUCCUGCAUUGCUUCGUCAUCGUCUUGAUAGAGUAAUGGCACCUAACAUAUUAUUUCUGCUAAAUCAUGGAUGUUCGAGUUUGGCUAUUAAAAAGCUUAUUCUUAGGAAUCCGAGAAUUUUUAUUCAAAAGCUCGAGUGGCUGGAGGAUAAAGUGCUAAGAGUUGAAAAGGAUUUUUGCAUUCGUAGCAAUUCCGGGAUGUUUUUAUAUGGAGUGGAAAUGCUUUCCUCGCUUUCUAAGUCGAGUUUAGAAAUGAAACUUGGAAUUUUCAGGAGUUUUGGUUGGUCUGAUUCUGAUAUUAUUACAAUGGUGCAAAGGCUUCCUUUAUGUUUGACUGUAUCUGAGGUUAAGCUGAGAAAUGUAUUGAAGUUUUUCAUGGGGGAGCUUGGGUGUGGAUCUAGUUACGUAGCGUGUCAUCCCACACUUAUAAUGUUCAGUUUGGAGAAGCGGGUGUUACCCAGGAUUAAAAUCUGGGAACUUCUGAAGGAGAAACAGGUGAUGGAGAGAGUGCCAUGUUUUUAUACAGUUAUCAAGUGUUCUGAGCGGGAGUUUUUGGAAAAAUAUAUCCUUCUCUUAAGGGAAGAGAUGCCUGAGAUAUAUGAGUUUUACAUCAGAAGUGGAAAGUAA